AUGUUGGAUAAAAUACAAUUGGAUAGCCUAGAUAAUAUUCGUACUUUCUCUGAUUAUUGUUCUUAUUUGCGCGGUGAAAAAAUUACAACGCCGCCUCCUGAGCCGGUAGAAGAAGCUUUUCCAAAAUCGCCAAGUCUUGUUCGAUUGAAAAGUCCUUUAUUGCAUUCACCAGAGCUUGUGUUGAAAGGUUUUCUAAUAUUAAAAUAUAUAUUUAAGGAGUCCUGGGUCUUAAAUAAUAAACAAAUUUUUCAUAAAAAUUUAAAUAAUUGA